UACUGGUGCAGGUGACCUUCCAGACCUCGAUUUCCUAUGACGUGAUGAUAUGGUCUCGUGGUUAUAUGCGCGCGGAGCACUACCAUGAUGAGACGGUAGCGGAGGCUAGAGCAAUGGUAAAGGAGUUGGGGAACAAGAUAAGGGAGAUCGGGUCGUGCCAGGAUGAGGGCAAGCUGCGUAGGGUUGAGCUCAUGACGAAAGAGUUAGAGAGUUUGUUCAGGGAGGAUAGAGAGAUUAUCCAGGCGUGGAGAUCAGACUUUCUGGAGAGGGUAAAGGCUAGGAACCUAUCGCGCGAAGGAGCUAGGGAGAAGACUGCAGAGGACGUGACAACGGAGGAUAAGACCGGGACCGCAGGGCUCACGAGACAUAUGGGCAAGCUAGGAGACUGGAUGAUUACUCGCGUAGCCCUCUCUAUGCUGAUGGGGGUAGAGGCGACUCUCGAGGCCGGUGGGAGUCAAAUCAGGGCCGGUGAGACGGAUACAGGGAUGACAGAUAUGAGAGAUCGGACCGAGAUGGAUAUAGGGAUGACAGAUAUGAGAGGUCGGAUCGAGAUGGAUACAGUGGUGGCAGGUAUGAGAGAAGAGAUCGAGACGGAGACCGACGAGAUGACUCGCGCGGACGGUAUGACCGCGGGGGAUUCGCGAGGGCGCAGCGUGACGAUUCGCGGGGGUGGUACGACCGAGGAGAUCGACGUGAUGAGUCGCGCGGGCGAUAAGACCAUGGGGACCACCGGAAUGACUCACGAGGCCGAUAUGAGCAAGGAGGAUCCAGAGGAGACCGCCGCAAUGAUUCGUGCGGCCGGAAUGAGAGAGGGGGAUAUGGCGCGUCAUCGGAUCGGCAUACAAAGUCCCCUGACCCCAGAGCAGCGAGGGGUUCGGCCUCAAGGAGCGCAGACGACAGACCACCCACUCCCAGGAACUCUUGCGUCUACUGCAAUAGAUGAGGGACUUGUCGUGCUUGAUGACCGCAAGUACGUCAAGUGGGUAGAUGAUCCGGGAGACAUAUCGAUGUUCCCUUCGAUGAAGGAGAAUGUUGAAGCAAGGAGAGUAAAGCUGAGUAAAGGAAAGGAGCCGGUUAGGAGUCUGAGCAUCAAGAUAACAUUCGAAGGAGAUAUGACAACCACACCCAUAAGGGUGACAGCUACCAAGUCGGCGAGGGGGUCUACAUCGAGGAAGACCGAUACGGAUUACGUGAUGGCAGAGAAGGACGAACAACGGAUUGAUGAAGAGGAGGUUAUUCUUUCACCGCGAAAGCGGAGAGUGAAGAAGUUCUUGAUGAAGAGUUCGCUGGAUGAGAUUGACACGGUCGAGCCACUGAGACGGGCCCUUCGACAGCCCAUGCAGUGCUUUAUUCUGGAAUAUCUGGCAUCAUCCAAGCCGGCUCGCGACGAGUUACAGAUGAUCACGCGGAAGACUCGCAUACCUCUAUCAGAGGACGCUCAGAUGGCCCCUAAGGCGGAUGUUCCUACUGUAGCAGUAUCGGAGGUGACUGCUAGAGCAGAUCGCAUGGCGACAGUUCUUCUUGAUGGGAUGGAAGGUGUGCCUCCAGACAAGUUUUACAUGCUUGGUAGUGGGACCGUAGAGACGAUCCUAAACGAGGGAGCGGUUCUAGAUGUUGUGAUCGAUAACGGCAGUGAGGCUGUCAUUAUAGACGAGGAUCUAGCAGAGCGAGUUGGACUGAGACUUGAUAGGUCAUACCUAUUCGAGAUAGAGGCGGCUGAUGGGAGGAAGCAACAAAUCACAGGGGUUUGUCAUAAGGCAGCCAUAGAGGUCCAAGGGGUACGAGUGACCCUGCCAGUCUUUGCAGUUAAGAACUGCAGCUAUGACCUGCUCUUGGGACGGACGUGGUUGAGCCAUGUGCAUGUGGUGACGAUAGGGCGACCGGACGGGAGCCAGACACUGUCCAUCAAGAAGCUAGAUGGGGCGUGGAUUAUGAUUGAGACGGUGGAGCCUCGAGACCCGAGGAACAGAGCAUCUCUCGCUGUGGGUGCAAGACCCAGUGAUCGGAUUAAGUCAUUACCUAUCUCCAGCCGCGCGGUGCGAUUUCGCGAGAAGAAGUAUGGACCUCUACUCAUAGAAGAAGAAGGCAGGAUUGUAGAAGUGGAGGAUUUAGGGAGUCGACUGAUAGUGGACGACAACUCGUAUCCAAAGGAGGCAGAUGAGGAAUUUGGCGGCGUGAUAGCCAUGGUAGCCGUCCUCAAGGAGUUUAUUCCUGACAAGGUUGAAGUUUUUUUGGAUGACUUUCCUAUUAAAGGACCAGUAGAGAAAGAUGAGACAGAGGUUGUACCAGAAGUUAGGAAAUUCGUCGAGCAGCACCUAACCGAUAUUGGCGCGAUGCUUGAGCAGCUGGAUGAUGCAAAUUUGACAGUCAGCGGAACAAAGAGCCGGUGGGCCGUCUCGACUAUUAAGAUCUUAGGCUUUAUCUGCGACUCAAAAGGACGCCGAGCGGAUCCUGCAAAGCUAGACAAACUCUUAAAUUGGUCGUCGCCGUUGCAUAGUGCUACCGAGGUCCAUCAAUUUCUGGGAGUGGUUGGUUAUUGGCGGAUUUUCAUACGCAGGUAUGCGGAGAAGGUUGAGCCAUUGAGGGUACUUCUUCGGAAGACUGAGAAAUUAUACUGGGAUUCUUCUCAGGAACUCGCUAUGCAAGAGCUUAAAGAUGAAUUUAAGGAGGGAGGGCGCGUACUGGGCUUGCCAUUCUUUGAUGAUGAGGUUGGGAGACCCUUCAUAGUAUCCACGGAUGCUGGACCUUGUUCAGUUGGUGGGCUGCUGUCGCAGAAGGACGCUGAAGGGAAGGAAAAACCGUUAAGAUUUGAGAGUAGGACACUUAAUACGGCAGAGUGUAACUACAGUCAAUUCAAGAAGGAAGUGUUAGCUGUUCUGCGGUGUCUGGACACGUUCAGACACUAUAUCUACGGACGACGGUUCAUCCUACGAGUAGAUUCCACAGCGGUUGCCUCUGUCCUCCAGAAGGACUUCAGUCUGACGGAUUCGACCAUCGCACGAUGGUUAAUACAGAUUCGACUCUAUGACUAUAAAGUUGAAAGAAUAUCGGGUACUAAAAAUGCUGUGGCGGAUGAGCUUUCUCGGAUCCCUCUUGAGGUCGAGCGCCCAAUAGUAGCUGGGGCCCUGACAAUGGCGGAGCCUAGACGCGCCGAUCGAUUUAUGGUUAACCUUUACGAGGGCAAAUACCGAACGAUCGGGCUAUAUUUGUCAAGAGAGGAGAGUCAAGAUUCAGAUAUCCGGAGACAAGCGGCCCAGUACUGCCUUAGAGCGGGCCAUCUAUUCCGAAGACCAGUCGGGUCGGGGAUGCCCUUCCGAGUAGUCUGUGAUCCUGAAGAGGGACAAACGAUAGUUGUGGAGCUUCAUGACGGGGUAGUCGGAGGACAUAGAGGAGUCAAAGGAACCUACAAAAAGGUACGCAGGCUGUACUGGUGGGAAGGAUAGUACAAAGACGUCGAAAGAUACUGUAUAACCUGCGAAGAGU